AUACUUCCCCCCCACUAUCCAUGAUUUAAAUAGGAUCAUUGUCAUACCUCCCUUUUCAGACAUCAUCACUGCUUGUAGUAAUGAGGUCGUUGGAAGAUUCCAGGUAAGUAAUCAUGGAAUAUUAUCGUUUUCCUGCUCAUAUUGUUCUAAUAAAAGAGUGAGGAAAGAAGAAGAUGGCAGGUGACGAUCAAGUCCGCAUCAAGCCUUGUCGAACUCAAGAAAUCAGUGAGAAUCGAGGGAGAAGAUAACCCUUGCAAAGGGGGGUUGCGAUCCAUCUGUUGGAAGGUAACGUCUAGGUUUCAUUUCUGUCUACUUUUGAGUAACAUUUCUAUAGACGUUCUUGUUGUUUCAAAGUACCGAGAUCACAACUUGGACACGAGGGCUUGAGGAUUCACGAAGCGCUUAUACCUCUUUAAGAGAGCAUUUUUUGAGAUUUAUUGAUCACCCAAAUGAUUUAGGAUCUUCAUUAGACCCUUUGGAUGAUGAUGAGCACGUGAGUUCUUUUACUCUCGCACUCGAUUAGUUUGUAAAUCUUGUCCAAGUAUGCUGAGAGACUUCAAGUCGCCAUGGAAUACCCUUCGAAAGGAUGAAGAGAUUCGUGCCGAAAUAUUUCAGGAUAUUGAAAGAUGUAUGCCAGAAGAACCAUACUUUCGUCAAGCCGACACGCAACGGUUCAUGUUAGAUGUGUUGUUUGUUUUUUGCAAAAUCAAUCAGGAUGUAGGUUAUCGGCAGGGCAUGCAUGAGAUACUGGCUCCUAUCCUAUGGGUAGUCGAGCGAGAUUCUAUUGAUCCUGGAGACAUUAAUUGUGAUGACACAACCGAAUCUGAAACAAGUUCAUCAGGCUCAAUUAUGGAGCAGUGCUUGGAUCGUAGAUUCAUCGAGCAUGAUGCCUUCACUCUCUUAUCCCUAGUGAUGAGAUCGGCUAAAUCGUUCUACGAAUUGGGUGAUCCUGGUCAAAAGACUCCUCAAAAUGGUAUUGGAACACCCCAGAACGGCGCUUCUCCUAUUGUUGAGAGGAGUAAGCGAAUCCAUGAAGUGUACCUGGCUCGUCUCGAUCCGCAACUAGCCAAGCAUCUUACAAAUAUUGAAAUAUUACCACAGAUAUUCUUGAUGUAAGCAAAAACAAUCGUUAAGCUCUUUCAUUGUUCACCUCUUGACGAUUCAUGUAGACGUUGGAUUAGAUUACUUUUUGGAAGAGAGUUUCCUUUUGAUGAUCUAUUAGCAGUAUGGGAUAUUCUCUUCGCGGAAGAUCCAGAACUAGAUCUUGUAGAUCUUAUCUGUGUAGCGAUGCUCCUUCGGAUCCGUUGGCAACGUAGGCGAUUCAGCUUUACAUAUUGAUAUACAUGGCUAAUCUGAUAAACUAGUAUUGGAGUCGAAUUACUCACUGGCCCUCAUGUUAUUACUCAAAUAUGAUUGCCCCCCAAGUCCUCAAACACUGGUCGAUGAUGCCAUUUUCCUGCGAGAUAACUUCAACGUUACUGGAGGCUCCAAGGUAAUUCAUAAAUAUAGUGGUCGAUCCCCACGGCGAGAUAAAUCGUCAACGCCACCCGGCACUCCUCUUGAAGGAAGUCUCAGCCCUAGACAGAUACUCAUGCGAAAUAGGUCGUCAUUAACUACCCCUACUCGGUUCUUACAGCAACAAGGGGGAGUUGAGGCAUUGAUUCAUGGCGCUGCCGGUGCCGCAAAAGGAGUGUAUAAUAGGGGAGAGCGCCUCGGCAUCAAUCAAGCUGUACGAGAUGCAAUGGAAGAGGUCAAGAAAAAUAUGCAAGGACUACAAACUCCACGAAGCAUUAAUUCCUCUAGAAGGACCACUGGUGCCUCACGGUGGUCCCUUGACGACGGGCGUGUGCUCCCUGCCUCAACUGCUAUCAUGGCAACAAUGAAUGAAAGAAAUAGGCAAUUGGCAGUCAUGCUAGAUCACGCAAUGAAAGAUCUGAGAUCUGUUUCUGUGUCACAAGAAACUGACCGAGAGAAGUACAUCGAGGCAAUGGACAUAGCCAUCGCGAAAGUUGAUUUCGUGAGAGUAUACUUGGAAGACUCUACCAUGCCACUUCCAAUCCCGUCACCAAAUAUCGAUGACGAAAGUGAACCUGCUACGCAAGAAGCAGAUAUACCGAAAGUACUAUUACCACCAAUUUCAUAUGAUGUACAAACAACUCCACUAGAACCAUCCAGCAUAACUUCGGACUCGGGAACGGUUCUGAUAGAGAAUGCAGGUGACCUAGGCACCCGCCCGGUAUCAAGACCUGACAUCAGCCAAACUUCAACGGACGCAAAGGUCCCUUACUCCGCUGAACCGCUCGUAAUCAUUCAGCCAUAUACGGAAGGGGAUGGUAUGAGAUCUGCGAUAUCUGAGCGGCCCGAAGCACCAAUUCCGACCAGGUCCAGCAUUGCCCAAUCAUCCUUCUCUUGGAUGUUAGAACCUGAUCAAGCAUCUAUUCCCACUAACAAACCAUCGUCUCCAAAGUCCUCUUCUCCAUUUUUGAGAUCUGGAAAGCGGCCCACGUCAGGAGGUCGCGAAAAGGCGGCAUUUCUGUUUGGUGAAGAUGAUGGUGACUUUCAACUCCCAUUACCAAAAUCUUCUCUACUCAAUACCGAAGAAGCUUUCAAGCUUGAAAUAUUGAAACGAAUGGAGGAGAAGAAUUUGAAUGAGCAUACAGAAGAAUAGUGUGAUUCUCAUCUCAUUUGUCCAUCCAGGACCACACUUCGUUAUUCAGACCUUGAGUAGAGGCAAGUCUAUCAAUCCACGAAUCACGACUGAGCAUUGGCAUGAUCACUUGUUACAAGCCAUGUAUAAAAUGUGAUAGAAAGGGGCGAAUGAAGUGAUGUUCUCAAAGCAGCUGCGAGCCUGACCUCUUUUUGAACGUCGGAUGGCAGAACACUACUGCAAGCUGGCAAUGCAGGUAUACGCGAACAUGUAAGAAGCCUCCAAUUCGUCCAGGGUUCUCGAGUAACACGGUUCAAAAGAUGGUUACCCACCAUAUUUUGUAAUUGACCUAGGAAAUUCUUCCGGAUUUGCAAGGUCUAGAUAUAAUGGGAUCGCCGUUGUAAAUCAGGCGGUGAUGGCCAUGAGAGCCAAUUAAUAUAG